GCGUUUUUAUCUAAUUUUUCGGUGAAAUGAACACCUUUAACGAAGAGUUUGAGCCUGUUGCGAGUGGAGUGGAGGUGAAUACAUACGAAAGGGAAUUUCGAGAAGAACAAGAAGAGGAACAAAUUCUGGUAGACCGAUUCGACGAAAAGRUSUUGUUACGGGAUUGGUGUUCUUGCUCAAAAUGUGAUAUGCAAAACAUUGUGAAAAAAGAAGAGUGUUUUUGCUGCAAAGAUAUAACUCGGUGCUCAGACAAGAUAGCACAGCUUGAAGWAGACGUGCCUUGCAUAACAAUGCAUCCCGGUUUUAAAAAUGUUUGUCUGGAUACAUGGGUACUGGAAGCGGCCGCAAUUGGCCUCAAAACUCGUAAAGGAAGGAGCUAYACUGUGAAGAGAGAGCAGGGACGAUCGACGGCUUCUGAGUUUUACAGGUCUGUUGCAUAUCGGCAGUUUUUCAGGCUUGUGUGGCAGUUCGAAGGAGUGUCCAAAAGACUUCCUUUGCCUUGUUGUGUAUACAACAUCAUCCGCAGCACCUUUCCAUCACAAGAUGGCAUGUAUCGGGGUUUUGAAGAGGAGGAUGAAGAAGAGGACGAAGAAGUGGAUGAAGGGGARGACAGUGAGAACGAAGAUGAGGAGGAUGACCUUGRUGAACAAUGACAGCCUCUUCCUUUGUUUGCUUUUCUGCCACACUGUUCGUUGCCUCAGGAACACUUUCUUGUAGCUGUUCGUUCAGUUCUCAUCUCUUGGAGUUUCAACCAGGGUUUUGUAUAUCUCAUGUACAUAAUCUGAAUAUAACAGAAAUAAAAAUCAGAUUGUUUUACUAACUAUUCAUACUAUCCUUUGCGAAAAUUAAGUAUAAUCAAUGUCUGAUGUCCAUUUUGUUUCAAGGUUUAUUCUUGGAACAUAUGUCCAUAGACAUACCAUAAUUAUGCUCCACUUUAGACUCUUUVACUGUACCUUCUCCAUACUUAUAUUUUGGGUAGUUCACAACAACUUUGGGUCGGCCUGUGUAGUCUUUUCUUGGUUCCCUCCUCACGUUGUAAUUAAAAUGGAGAGCUGCCAAUGUUGUCCUUUGACAAAAACACAGAAUGGAAUUUAGCUAAAUUGGCUUGUAGAUAAUAACAAAAUGCAGAUUKCCCAUACCUGCUUAACAAUCCAAGGUAUGAGUAUUUGUACAUCUUUGGUGCAAACUGAUUUAUGACGCUGUGACAACCUUCCAAGCAGCUCGUCUGUGCUAUGGAUGAAGCUUGUUUUAUAGCUUUGGAGAGGUUAUUGUUUGUCAGUGUUUCAUAGAGCUUUUCAUAUACUUCAGAACCUUUAGAGUUAAAUGUGAUAUCACACCAAAGGAAAUAGUUAAUAAAAAGCUAAGAAGUAUAGAAAGAAGUCAACGCAUAAAGAACACAUUAUACAAUAAUAUAGAGUCUCACUAAGUGAUACUGUAGUGAUAUAUAGUUCUUACUGUUYGGUGUAUCAAAUGUUUUGAAAAUGUUUUUGUUAAAUUAUUUUAUCAUUAGCACUAUGGUUUAACACUGUACUAUACAUGUACCUUUAAG